AUGAGCGAUGUUGGUAUAGAAGGAAAAAAUCAUCGAUCAGAAAAUAAAGUUAAUCGACUUUGUCCAGAUUGUGAUCGUCCGAGGAUAUCAUAUGGAUGGUGUAGAAAAUGUGAAUCAAGAUGUAUGGAGAAAAAAUUUCCAUUCUGGACAAGUGGAAAUAAAAAUUUAGAUAAAUUAAUUCAACGUAGUCAGAUCUUAUCAAUGCAAAUAUGUGAUUAUUUGGAAUUUAUAAAAUUUAAAGAUAUAGAAUUUGGUAAUAUAAUUGCUAAAGGAGGUUUUAGCAAAGUCUAUAAAGGUGUUUGGAUAGACGGCCCGAGAUGGAAUUGGGAUGAACUCGGGGACAUUUGGUGCCGUAGCGGCCCAACAGAGGUUGCUCUAAAAGAACUUGAUAAUUCUCAAAUAUUAUCAUUUGAAUUCCUAGAACAGAAUGGCAACCUUUAUGAAUUUCUUGAUAGAAAUAAAGGAAUUAUUAGCUGGAGAGAUAUGGUAGACAUGUUAUGGGGAAUUGCGACAACAGGUCUUAAACCGCAUCACAAUAGAGCUCAUGAUUUACAACUUGCUUAUGAAAUCUGUUAUGAAAACUUACGUCCGGAGAUAAAUGAAGAUCUUAAAUCCGAAAUGCCAAUAGAAUAUUAUAAUUUAAUGAUACAAUGUUGGGACCCAUUACCAGAAAAUCGACCGACAGCAAGUAGAUUAAAUGAAAUAUUAGGUGAUUGGAUUUCUGACAUCUGUGAUAAUCCAGAACCUUCAGAAAUUUCGAAUAAUUUCGGUGAUGCAGAAGAGAGAAGAUGGGAACUCAUUGGUAAACAAAAUGAAGAAAAAAAUUUUCCUUCCUCUUUUGUUCACAAGGAUGCCAUUUACAUUAGCCGAGGUUAUAGCAUAUUCGCUGAUUCCUUUGCAGCUGUUGAAAGACUCAAAGCAGACUAUCCCUCCGAUUACUUACUUCUAACCAAAAUUCCAAUAACAUUCCACUACCUGAACGAUGGUCAUCAUAUGCAUUAUAAUAGACCUGUAAUUGAACUGGAUCAUUUUAACAAUUCGUUCUAUGUAAAUUAUUCACCGCCAUUUCAAGGACCUUUCGAAUCACUUUUACAUGAAAAUGAUACCAAAAUUUUAGAAUUGUAUCAAGCAUAUAAAAGAUUUUGUUCAUUUGUUGAAGAUCCUAACCUAAAGUUUAAAGUAAAGUUGAAUCCAAAUGAAUUAGUAAUAUUCAUGAAUCGAAGAGUAUUACAUGGUAGAACCUCAUACGAUAGUCAAAGUGGAGAACGACAUUUAAAAGGAGCAUAUUUGGAUUUUUCUGAAUUUAAAGAUAAAUUUAGA